UGUGCCCCCGCCGGCCGCAAGGUGACGCCAGCUCUCCCGCCCCCCCCCACCCCCCGCGCGCGCUCCGUGUGACCCGCGGCGGCUUCCGUCGCGCCGCCGGAAGUGGCUGCGGCUCUCGCUCCGCCGCGCCGCGGCCGCUGCACGGGGGACGAGGCCGGGGGCCCGGCUGCGCCAUGGAGACCUGGGUGCGCUUCAGCGCCCAGAGCCAGGCCAAGGAGCGCGUCUUCAGGGCCGCCCAAUACGCCUGUGCCCUGGCGGGCGACGCGCUGCGGAGGAACGGGGCCGGCAGCGGCGUCCUGGACAGGCUGCGGCAGCUGGAGGCUCAUCUCAGCCUGGGCCGCAAGCUGCUGCGCCUGGGCAGCUCGGCCGAGGCGCUGGAGGCGGCCAAGCGAGCCAUCCACCUCUCGGACAUGGUGCUGCGCUUCUGCAUCACCCUCGGCCACCUGAACAGGGCCAUGUACUUUGCCUGUGACAACGUGCUGUGGGCGGGCAAGGCCGGCCUCGUCCCCAGCGUGGACCAGGAGAAGUGGAGCCACAGGUCCUUCAGGUAUUACCUCUUCGCCCUCGUGGUGAACCUGAGCCGGGAUGCCUACGAGAUCCGGAUCCUGAUGGAGCGCGAGGUGGGCGGGAAGCGGGCGAAAGGCGUCGAGAACGGGCGCUUGCUCCAGGCUGACAACGGCCUGCAGCAGCUGGGGCUGAGGCUGCAGGUGCAGCUCCGGCUCCUGGCGCACGUCCUUCGGAACAACCCGCCGCUGCUGCUGGACGUGGUGAAGAACGCUUGCGACCUCUUCAUCCCCCUGGACAAGCUGGGGCUCUACAAGACCAGCCCGGGCUUUGUGGGGCUCUGCGGCCUCACCUCCUCCAUCCUCUCCAUCCUCACCAUCCUUCAUCCCUGGCUCAAACUGAAGCCCUAGUCGUCCCUGCAGCCUGCCUCCGGGCUCCCUGGGUCGCAGCAGGGGAUUUUAGGAGAUUUUAGGAGACCCCAGGGGUGUUCCUGGGGCUGCGCCACGAUGAAGCUGACAGUUUUGAUCCCGUUGUGCACGGCUGCGCGUUCGCGUCACGCCUGGCUGCUUUCACCGAGCGUCGACCAGGCUUUGGAGAUGGGAGGAAGGCGGAGGGAGUCCAUGGCAUCAGCGCCCGCGGGGACCCACUCUGGCCGCCUCGUCUCAGUUCUCUGCAGCGCCCCUGAAGAGGCCAUUAUUCGGCGGACCUAAAUUUGGCUGCUCUUCCCCUUGACUGUAGAGCCCGUCUGGCCCCAGCAGGGGUGAAACAAUUUCCGUCUGUCUCCAAAGGAUCUUUAAGGCUGGAGCCAGCCAGCAGGGAGCUUUUCCUGCUGCUCUGGGGCUAGAGGAGGCCGCCUGGGUCGCUGGGCGUCUCUUCCAGACUGCUGCAAAUGUCCCUUUUAGGAGCUUCUUUGCCACAGUGGGAUAAUUCAGGGAGGGAGCGGCUCAGUGAUGAGCUAUGAUUCUCUGUGAUGAUUUUUCCUAGCCGCUCUCUGCUCUGAGCUGGCAUCGCUGCCUCACAGUUUGAUCGCUUUUCCAGGUUUCUGUGACGCUGGAUAACACUGCUCGUGUGGGUCUUGGGCCUGUCCCAGCUCUACAGAGAACUUCACUUAAUCAUCAGCGCUGACCUUCUCCCUUUGUCCGCGGUUGUUUGUGUCCAGGGGCGCUGUGUUCCUCCGUCUCGCCCCGGGAGGGAGCGUAGAAGCAGGGGAGCAGGUACCGGUGCUUUUAACCAAGCUGCGGCGACGGACCUGGCGCCAGAGUUUGCGCCUGGUUUUCUUUUCCUUGCCGGUCAGAACCGGGUUGUCUUUGUACUCACACAGCGAGUCCGUCAGGGGAGGACUGACACGCUCCUGCUGUCCCCAGCUUGGCUGCUAGCAGCCUCUUCACACUGUCAACACCGCGGUUUUAAUGUUUUAGAGCAAUAUUUUAAUCCUGGCAGGGGGGACGAAAGGUACGGCGGAGAGCUGUGAGGCCACUCCUGCUCCUUGUUGGUCGUGUGUAAAUACUGUAAAUAGGCACCUGCACUAAUCACAGUGUGUGGCGGUUUGCGGAGCUAAUUAUUAAAGCCAAACUGCUGAGA